AUGUCAGGUUUGAGAAAACCAAGGCUACCAACACUCUUUCAGAGCCGAGCCACCGACACUUCGCUCAUAAAUUGUCAGAAGUGUUUAGAGAAAGGUCAUUGGACUUAUCAAUGUACAAAUCAGCGAAAGUAUCUCAAACGCGAAUCAUACACCAGUAUACUGGGGAAAAAGCUUGAAACUCAGAAAAAGUCAAAGAUUCAAAAAAAAACAAACACUAAAUCAUCAUCCUCAAGCUCUAGUUCGUCCUCUGAUUCUUCGACUUCAAGUUCUGGGGACGACUCUGAUGAUGGGGAAUCUAGCUCAGAAUGUAGUUCAAGCAGUAAUGAAAGUUCUAGCGACGACUCAUCUUCCAGUACUUCCUCAUGUUCCGAAAGCAGCCGGUCUUCUUCCUCCACACGUUUAAAGCGCACAAAGGGAUGAUUGUAAUGCGUCGGCAUUUGAGGUCUGAUGUGGAAGCCGCCGGGAUGAAAUCUGUAAAACAUGUUCAAACAAUUUGUUAUGACGAGAUAAAUAUGAUAACAGCAAUCGGAUUAUCGUUAUUGUAUCCAAACACAGAUUGCCGUACCUUAGCAUCAGUAAUGUGGUUUUAACACUGGAUGAGACGAAUCCUUAUGGGAUAGUGAUGAUCAAGCACAGUGUCGCCUAAUACCUUCAAAUUGAACGGUUCAGGUUUCCUAAGCAUAAUGUGAAAAUGCUCUCACCGAUGCGUCGUAAACCUAAAUUUCCGCGUCCAGACUAACAUCUUGACAAUGCCAAAGAUACCUUAGAUUGAUGAAAAUCACAAUUUGCAACCUAAAUUGCAUGAACAUAAAUCAAGAAGUUCCAAUUCAGUGGUAUUGUGCGCAUCGCAAGUCCUGAAGGUUUCAGGUUUUAUUCUGCGUAAGGUAGUAGAAAAGUAAUUUUUUGAGAUGAGUCCCUACCUGAAAUUCGUAGGGAUAUAGCAGCCCACAUACAAUUGAGUUUGUUUACAUCUAAUUCCGUUAAGCCCUUUUGUUAACUUAUUUAAUGGACAGUCAUUCAUACAACAACAAACUAUCUGUACCAUUGUACUUUUAUUAUAUACGCUUGAACAUUGCUUGCUGCCUACGCAUGUAUUCAUUCCGCUAGCCUUAUUAUUAAUCGCUCAACUGAUUUGAUGAUUCAUGCUUUUCCUUAUAUAUAUAUAUCUUAGUCCUGUUUACUGCACUGCGCUACACCGUACUGUACACGCUUACUCAUUCAUUCGGUCCUCACGCUCACUCGCCUACUUUACGGUACUGCUCUUUCAUGCUUGCUUAACGUGCCUGUAAUAUUGGAUAUCUGUGUGUGGUUCAGUAAUAAACGCAAUCAACCCCUCGUAUUCGCCUUCUGAUUUAUACACCGUUAGGACGUUAUCGAGUAGUGGUUAAAAGCGUGUUGAUGUUACAUCCUCCAGUGCAAAGUUUCUUUUCGUGCAAAAAUUAGACUAUAUGUAAAUGGUCGGAUCCCACGUUUUUGACUCCAAUGAAUGCCCUUCAGGUGCCCAUUAUUAAAGAGAAAUAAUUUGUUGUUUAUCACCGCUACAUUUCUUAAGAAGCUAUGCUGAAUUUUGAUUACUAUUGCGAAUUACUCGGUUACAUAUAUAAAGUUCAAACAUCAUAAAAAUGGGAUAAAUAAAUCAUUAUAAAAAAUAAACACAACUGUUUUUCUUUUAAUGGAGCGACUGUUAACUAAGUCUCAUGUUCCGAUCUUACUGCACCUACUUCAGCUUGGACUGUUAGUCAAUAUGUCUAGCCCUCACAGAAAUAAGGUGACUUAAAGCUGGCCACAUAUAUUUCGACUUUAUAAAUAGAUCGUGUUAAUAUACUGAAAUGUCAAAGAGUUGCUAAUUCUCUAUUGUAGUUGUUGGAGAGCCCGUUCAGUGCUCUUGGAUUUUCAGUGGUUUUCUAACUAGUGUUAGUUCAUGCCUAAAAUUAAUAUAUAAAAUCAGUCUAUCGGAUUUUAAGCCUUUAUGCGCAUAAAUAUAUUUUCAAUUGAUUAAUCAUUGAGCAGUGACCAAUGCCAAAUAUAUAUAAUCAGUCUGAACUCCAUGAGGAAUUGCUCUAAUUGUUAUUGUUUCUUUAUGUUAUGGUACAUGUAUCUCAGUUAUUCUUACCGUAUAUGGAAGCUGCGUAAGUUGGUUUUAAAAAAGUUCUAACUUUUAAAAGGCUAUUGAUACUACCUGGGUACUGAAGUGGAAACUGACGGAACUUAGUCUGAACCCAAAAUCCAUUAGUGAAAACAGAUCGCUUUAGUCAGUAAGUUACUGCUUCAUAUUCUCAACUAAUUUUUCUUACGAGUACAAUGUAAACUCAUUCCUUCACAUCAAAGUUUAAGUUUUAUAGAUGAUCUUAGUGCUCUUUUCGAUUAGAUAAAGUAAACAAAAUCAAUAAGAUUUCAAAACGUGUUGAAUAGGUUUUCUUACCUCAGUGUCAGUUAACUGUGUUUUAUGGGAAAGCUAUUGACCCUUUAUUUUCUGGAAUUCUUUAAUAUUGAACGUUAAACUGUUCAAUAAUU